AUGGCUAUGAAGAAAUCCACCAAGAAGUUCCAGCAACGGAAACUGGGAGAUGUGCUCGAGAGACGUAAAGAGUUCGCCAAAAUCAAGCAGCGACAUCAAGUGAACGACAAGAGAAAAGCACGAAAUGCUGAACGACGCGAGAAAGCGGAAGCCGAGAAGGUGGUCGACCCCGAGGAACAAGCCAAGGAACAAGCCUUUGCGGAAAUGAACGUCGACGAUUUCUUCGCUGGAGCAUUUGACAUUGCGGACCCCAAGAAUGAUAAAGGAACAAAGGCACAAAAGAAGAACGUGACCCCUAAGAUCGGCAAACGGAAGCGUGUGGACGAGAGUGCCAAAGAUGACGAGGAGGAAGCUGCGUCCGAUUCAGACGAACAGUCAGAUGCCAGCAGCGUCGGAGAUUUCGAAGAUCACAAAGGACAGUUAGAGUCGCUGAAAGAGAAAGACCCAGAGUUUUACAAAUACCUCAAAGAAAACGAUGCCGAACUUUUGGACUUCGAAGACCACGGCGACCUGGCUGAAGUCGAUGAACUGAGCGAGACGGAAGAAGGGCCAGCCAAGAAAAAGAAGAAAUCGAAGGGUUUGGAAUCUGAAGCUAUGAAGGACAACAUCGUCACCAUAUCCGAGGUCAAAAAGUGGCAAAAAUCUUUGCAAGAGCAAAACUCCAUGAGAGCUCUCCGACAAGUCGUACUUGCUUUCCGAUCAGCAGCAUACGUGAAUGACGCCGACAACCAGGAUACUAAAUACACCAUUUCGGAUCCGGAUGUCUACCACCAAGUACUUAUCACAGCAUUGGAAAUGGUACCCAAGGUACUGGCCCACCAUUUGCCAGUAAAAGAAACCGCAGGGGGCAGAAUCAAACUGGCGGCAGAAUCGCAAAAGUUCAAGACACUUAGUCCACUCAUCAAAUCACACACGUCAUCUGUUCAUCAACUACUCACGAAUCUAUCGGAUGCGUCUACUCUUAAGUUGACGCUCGCAUCUAUUGAGCCCAUGUUGCCAUAUCUUCUGCAGUUCCGCAAAGUGCUGAAGGUUAUUGUGAAAAUGGUGGUUAGCAUCUGGUCUGACAACACCAACUCUGAGGCUGUUCGCGUUACUGGUUUCUUGAUCAUGCGUCGCCUGAUGAAGAUCGGGGAUGCGGGAAUCAGGGAGGCUGUUCUCAAAGCGACAUAUGAAGGUGUUGUCAAAGGCAGCCGCAAUACAAAUGUCCAUACCCUUGCUGGUGUCAACCUGACCAAGAAUUCAGCAGCAGAGAUCUGGGGCAUUGAUCAAAAUGUCUCUUAUACUACAGGAUUCAGCUUCAUCCGCCAACUGGCCAUUCACCUCCGGGGCAGUAUCACGAAUAAGACCAAAGACUCUUACAAAACGAUCUACAACUGGCAAUACGUGCACUCGCUUGAUUUCUGGUCCCGUGUGCUCUCUCAGCACUGCAAUGCUUUAGUCGAGGCAGAGGCAGGGAAACAAUCUGCUUUGCGACCUUUGAUCUAUCCCGUUGUACAAAUUACCCUGGGUGCUAUGCGCCUUAUCCCCACCCCUCAAUACUUUCCUCUACGCUUCCAGCUCGCUCGUGCUCUGCUACGAAUUUCCCGUGCUACAGGUACUUAUAUUCCUUUGGCCCCAGCUCUUAUGGAAGUACUCAACUCGACCGAAAUGAGGAAAUCUCCUAAGUCAAGUACAUUACGACCAUUGGAAUUCAAUACAUCUAUCCGGGCAGCCAAGUCCUACCUCCGCACCCGCGUCUACCAAGACGGUGUAGGUGGACAGGUUGUCGAGCUGUUGUCGGAAUUCUUUGUUCUUUGGACUAAACACAUUGCUUUCCCCGAGCUCGCACUGCCAGUUGUUGUCAUGUUGAAACGGUGGCUUAAGGAGGCAGGAUCGCGCACAGGCGGCAACAAGAAUUCCAAGAUCAACCAUUUGGUUCUACUCCUUGUGCAAAAGGUCGAACUCAAUGCCCGUUGGAUUGAAGAGCGUCGGGCCAAAGUCAACUUUGCUCCGAAGGAUAGAGCGAAUGUGGAAAACUUCCUCAAGGAGACCGAGUGGGAGACCACUCCUUUGGGCGCAUUUGUUAAGACUCAACGUAAACUACGUGAGGAGAAGGCAGCCAUUCUCGAACAAGGUAGACAAGAUGAAGAAAAACAGCGACAAAGAGAACGUGAUAACGCCGACGAAGAUGUCCUCUCAGAAAUCGAAAGUGAAGACGACAGUGACUUGAUUGAAGACGAGGAUGACGAGGAGUGA